AUGGCAGACGAGGACUACGAGAUGGACGGAGGGUACGAGGAUGAGCCCAUGGAUCCCGAGCCUGAUGAAGGGGCGGAACUGGAAGAAGAAAACAACGAGGAUGCUCCAGAUCCUAUUGAAGGCGAGGGUGAAGAUAAGGAGGACCAAGAGCCGGUCGAACGCCCUCGGAAAACCUCCAAAUACAUGACCAAGUACGAGCGCGCCCGGAUAUUGGGCACGAGGGCACUGCAGAUUAGCAUGAAUGCACCCGUGAUGGUUGAGUUGGAGGGUGAAACAGACCCAUUGGAGAUUGCAAUGAAGGAAUUGCGAGAGCGAAAAAUACCCUUCACUAUUCGUCGUUACCUUCCUGAUGGAAGCUAUGAGGACUGGGGCGUGGAUGAAUUGAUCGUGGAGGACUCGUGGAAAAGGCAAGUUGGAGGAGAUUGA